UGCUGGUUUAUGUAACAGUCACGUGAUCCAUCAGUGACGUGACAUCACAGCUAGCGCUACUCUUGUUUUCCCUCAAUCGUUCACGAAUCUCCCUGUAAGAUGCACAAAGGCAGUAUAGUGGAGACCGACGGGGACAGGACCACUGAGCUUUUACCAGGCCUUGUGAUUGUUUAGCAUUUUAAUACUGCUGGAGAGGAUAAAGGGAGCCAAACAGUGGCCAUACCGCUUUGUGCAUGUGCUUGUGUGCGUGUUUGAGCCUUGUGAGGAAUAGAGGAGCAAGUUCUGUGUUUGAAGGACUGCUGACUGACACAUCAAUGAGAGAAACAGUUCUCCGAGUACACGGCCGAGAGGAAAUGGCCAUGAAGCUAUUGUUCUGGGAGUUAGAGCAGCAUUUGAAAAGCAGCCUCGUCGGGUCUGUUGUGGCCAUAGACAACAAAAUUGAACAAGCGAUGGAUCUGGUGAAGAGUCACCUGAUGUACGCGGUCCGUGAAGAGGUGGAGGUGUUGAAAGAGCAGAUUAAGGAACUGAUUGAGAGAAACUCUCAGCUGGAGCAGGAAAACAACCUGCUGAAGAACCUGGCCAGUCCGGAGCAGCUCGCUCAGUUCCAGGCGCAAGUCCAGAGCGGCUCGCCUCCGCCGGGGUCGUCAUCCACGCAGGGAGCGCAGCCGCCGCCCGCCGCCCCGCCGGCCCAACUCUCAGCUCAGAGCUCAGGCCCGUCGGCGUAGCACCACAGGACAGUUCCUCUUAAGGCCCCAUGAGUGGCUCGAAACGGACCCAAGCUUCUGAACACACAUGCCUCACUCACAUGUUAGACUGACGAAAUUUGCACUCCUUUCAAAACUUGACAAUGUCGUACCGAGGCGAUACACGCUCCAGUGACAAUCCAGUUGGCUGAGGCGGGACGCUGCCAAAAUCCACGGAAUGUGAUCGUCAGGAAACCAAUCCCGGAGGACAUCAUAUAAAGAAUCAAUGUGCCUGUGUCUCAAGUCCCGCUGGCUUUCACUCAGCGCUGUUUUCCGUGCCCCCCUUCCCUUUGUAGUGUACAUGCUGACGCGGUCUUUUUAGGCCACGAGCGUCUUCUAAAGCAAGCACUUUUAUGCUGACGAAUGUGACGAAACUUUGAAGAGCUGCCGAUCUGUGCCCCAGCUGGCAUGGGGAAGGCAGACGCGUUGACUUCCUUAGUUGCAUUGGUGUAAUCAUGAUACUCUUUUUGGAAUGAAGAAAACCAGGAGGGAUGAUGCUUCAAAUCCUCAUUCGUUCUCCGUGCGGUGAGAAUGGCGGAUGAGCUGAAUUGCGAGGUGGACAGGCUGUAUAUUAUUGUAUGAUUAGUGUAAGUAUUUUGUAAAAUAGUGAUAUCAUGUGAAGCGGUUAAAGAGACACUAUAUAGGUUGUACAGAUUUAAGGUAGUUGGCUUACCCAGGAGACAUCAUCCUUCUUUUUUUAAUGCUGUUAAGCGAUAUUUAUCUGACAGAUGGAAACUACUCCUCUAACUCCUACUGUACACUACUACUUUGUUCCCUCGAGAUGAUUUUGAAGUAUUACACCCAUGUGAUUUUCUGUUUUCAGUUUGGACCGUGAAGUAUUCUGGAUCAAUCUUUGAACUUACAGUCACUCGACUAUCAUAUAGCUGACAUGGAUUUGCAUUGUGUACAACUCGUAUGCUUAUGUUCUGUGCAUGUUCUCAAAACCAGGAGAUAAGUUGUAAAAUGCUGUAAUUGCACACUUGCCAGUUGCACUUCACAACUCUCAAUAAAGUCAUGUUUGUGAA